GGAAAUAAGGUGUAGUGUUUCCAGCAUCAGCUCGUUUCCCUCUGCUUUCACAGGCAUUUCUGAGCAUUAGAAACAAACUGUAGCAGAGUUGGAUAUCUGGUAUGAUAUCUCGUCACUUUAGUAGAUUACAUUUGUUAAACGUUUAUUCGGCUCCACUAAUGUGUACUUGUCCAUUUCAGGGAGUUAUACAAAAGUACUAGUUAGCUUUCCUAGCCACAUUAGCUAUCUGCCGUCCCAGUCCCCUAGCGUCACUUCCUACUUUUGAAAAUCGCGGCCAGACACUAACGAAAGAAAGAUGGAGCUACAAGUGGGUACUGAACCGAUGACCCUGGGCUCUCCCACAUCCCCCAAGCCAACCUCUGGAGCUCAGUUUCUGCCUGGGUUCCUGAUGGGAGACCUUCCAGCUCCAGCUAGCCCACAGCCCCGCCCCUUCAGCCUGUCCACGCCCAUCGCAGAGAGCAUAAGCACACCACGAGGAGGAGGAGGAGGCCUGCAGCCUGUUGUUCCCACCCCUAAAGAUAAGAGUGGAGCCCCGCCUGUUCGCAGUAUCUAUGAUGACCUAGUUACUGUAGCGACACCGCUCAGUGCGCACAGGCAGGCUUUCCCACUUAUGCAGUCGCCCAUGCCAGGACGUCAGGGCUCAACUCCAGGAGCAGGUGUGCAGCAGGUCUGCCUGUCUCCAGCUCAGGUGGAUCCCUUCUACAGUCAGGGAGAAUCUUUGUCAUCUGACGACCAGCUGGACCAGACCUGGGUCACAGUUUUUGGUUUUCCUCCUGCCUCAGCUUCCUACAUCCUCCUGCAGUUUGCUCAGUACGGAAACAUCCUCAAACACACGAUGGCAUCUCCUGGUAACUGGAUGCAUCUUCAGUAUCAGUCCAGACUUCAGGCCAGGAAAGCUCUGUCUAAAGACGGGAAGGUGUUCGGUGACUCCAUCAUGGUGGGGGUCAAACCGUGCAUAGACAAGAGUGUGAUGGGCAGCAGUGAAGCCGUCUCUUCUCCCCUCUCCACCUCCUUCUCUUCCUCGACCCUCCCCUCAACGCCUCGCUCUGCCAUCAGGCCGCUCAGCGCCGCCUACAGGAAUUCCGGCAGUGACUACCAGGUGGUCGCAGACAGACAGACACCCAGGAAGGACGACAGCUUUGUUUCCAAGGCGAUGGAGUACAUGUUCGGUUGGUGACGCUGCACAGUGCAUCUUGGGAUACCUGCAGUCUCAGAGGAGAGAGGGCAAUAAAUGAACUGAUUCACUACGCUGCUUGUGUGUAUGAGUGAGUGUGUGCAUGGGCAUGCUUGUGUGCUCAGGUGGGGGAUCUUUUUGUCCCUCUCUUCUUUUAUAAUCAGUAUUUUUAAAUGUGUUUUUUCUCAAUAAACGUUUUCUUUCAUUUUUUUAA